AUGCCUGGCAGACCGCUGCUUUUCGACUUGCGCGGUCCGAAGGAGACCAUCUGUAGGGCAUGCUUGCUUAGUCUACCAAAGCGAGUGCCACAGGCAUGGACGGCAACUUACAGCAGCGCUGCGAACCGCAGACGAGCGCCGCGCACCCAGGCCAGGAGACCGUCUUCUUUGCGCGCCGCGCGCGGCAGGGCGGCAGCAAGCGAGAUCGAUGACACCGCGAUGCAAGAAUACAUGGCAGCAGCAAGGAAUGCAACCACAGUCAACGCCAAUAUUUCGGGCCUGGACGGAGGAGUUCGGUUCUUUGAGCAAAGCGGGCAGACGCGCCAGCAGCUCCCAGACGAGACGGCUUUUCAAAAAUCGAUAGAUGCUUUCGAUACGAACGAGCUUAAAGGAGCUCUCGAAGAUAUGAAGAACACAAUAAAGGGCGAGGAAGAGAAGAAGGCUUUUAGCGAAGUCAUGGGCCAGCUCGAAAAGGUAUUUGGCCAAAUCGAGGGGGGCAAGGACCUGGAAAAGUUCACAGAGCAAAUGGACGAAUACUCGAGAUCAAUCGACCGAGAGAUUGAAGAAGCGACUUCCGAUUUACCACAAGAGGUGCGCGAGUCGAUAGACCUGGGCCUGCCCGAGUUAUCGGAAGACCUGCCACUUCCACUCCGUGGCAUGAAGAGCUCAAGCCCCCAAGUUGUAGACGGCCCUUGGUCGCUGAAUCAGCGGCGCAAGAUUGUUCGUCUAAAUGAUGCUAUUACUCGAGUUCAUAAAAGCAUGCAGGAGGUGCCUGGACCGGCAAAGAAGGAAAUUGUGGCUAUAUACAAAGCAUAUCAUGCGGCAAGACUCGCUCUAGCUCACAGUUGGAGCCAUGUUCCCCUCGAAGUGUGGGACUUUGUCUGGAAAGUCUUUUCUGUCGACGAAAGCAUCAAUAUCCACCGGCUUGCGCACAUUUCCAUGCUUGCUAGAGACAUGAGUGAGGCCAAGGUCCCAUUCAGUCCGCCGCAGCAGCUUCUGGCCAUUGAAGCCAUGUUUAUGGAGGGCUGGGAGGAUAGGGCGGUGGACAGCUGGAGGCGAUGCAUGGGCACACUGGGCCAGGAGAGCUCUGAGACUUACAAGGAGUUUUGGGAGCUUGGCGUUCGAAUGUACUGCAGGACCGGAAACUUGGAGCAAGCACAGAGAGCUGCCAAGAAGCUCGUCGAUAAGCGUAUGGACGCCCGCAUUCUCUUGCCACUUAUUCGUUCGCUGUCAGAGCAGAAUACAAAAGAGAGCAGGCAGCAGGCUUGGGAUACCUAUCGGCAUAUGCGAGACUUGCUUGGAAAAUCAAUGAAGCUCGGCGAUUACGACAAGGUUGUGGCCUACUUUCUGACCACAGGCCAAACAGAAAAUGCGUUGUACGCCUUUGUCGAUAUGAUGAGCGACGGGCAGAUUGACCUGACUGUGCAAAAGUACAUGCCCUCUGUCAUUGCCAACAAGUUCUUCGUUGGCAAGUGGCUGAAGCGCUUGAUCGGCGCUGGUGACGUUGAUGGAGCGCACAGUGUGUUAGAAUUCAUGCGCACAAAGGGCGUCGAAGCGUCGCCCAUUCAGGUCAACGGUUUGAUCGGCGCCUGGCAGCGCUCUGGCGGGGCCCAAGAUCUGGAGAGGUCGGAGCAGGUUGCGUGGGAGAUGAUUCAGAACCGCAUCCAGUUUGUCCAGGCACGAAAGACCAAGUCAAACAAGGACCUGAAGAAGACGAGCAAAUCUGGACCGGCAUCGCUACCCCGCGCCACGCUCGAGACGUUUUGCAUCCUUGCCGAAAACUACCGCCUGCGCGAGCUGCACGAUCAGCUCGGGGCCUUGUGGGAUGCUUUCCGCGACUCGGAAAUCAGCCCCGACGCAUUCAUGAUGAACCAGCUUCUGGAAUCGCACAUUCAGGUGGGCCAGCACAGCAAGGCCCUCGAGCUCUACGACUUCCUCGUCACGGAGCGCGGCGUCAAGCCCGAUCCAUACACGUUUAGCGCCCUGUGGAAAACGCUGGCCGUGAACCGGAUGCACAUUCUCUCGCCUGACAUGUCGGCGGCGGCGACGGCGUCCACGCGGCAGCUAUUUGCGCAAACGGCAGCCUGCCGGUCCGUGUUCGGCGCCGACGGCAUGGACGGGCAGCUCGCGCGAAAGAUCUUGCACUCGUUCCGCCGCAUCCGCGACCAGGCGGGCUUCGUCGUCGCGCUGACGGCGCUGCGCGACGUCUUUGCCUUUGUGCCGACCGAGAUGCUCGUCCUCGAGCUCGUUCUCGGCACGACCAAGCUCUCGUGGGACGCGCCGACGCAGCGCCGCAAGCUGUUGCACGCCAAGCGCGACAUGGAGCGCGACCUGAUGAGCUGGUGCGCGGGCGACAUAGACAAGCUCGAGGGCGAGAACAGGGGGGUCGCCCUAUUUGAGUAUCUGCAGAGGAGCAGCCUGGCGCAGCUGGGUGGCGAGGAGGCGCGGGAAGCACUCGCGGCUGCGUCCAAGGAGAUGGGCGUGUACGAUAUACUAAGGCCAGAUAUGAUAACUGGGGUUGUUGAGCCUUGA